AUGGUGUUCAUAGUGGCCCAGGUACUUCUAGGGUGCGGUGGUUCUCCGCUCCUCACACUUGGCACCACAUACGUUGAUGAUCACGUGCGACCAGAGUCCUCCAGCAUGUAUAUCGGUUGUAUGUACAGUAUGGGAGCAUUCGGACCAGUUUUAGGAUUCCUGCUCGGAGCUUAUCUACUGUCUUUCCAUAUGGACUCUCUUUCUGGUGCUCCAACUAUAGAUCCCGGCGACCAUAGAUGGGUAGGAAUGUGGUGGGGCGGUUUCUUACUCGGCGGACUAUUGCUCAUCCUAGUCGCAAUACCAUUCUUCUCCUUCCCCAAAGUGUUGGUUCACGAGAAGGAGAAGAUAAGACUGGUUGAAAAGGCAGCAGCAGCCAGCGGUUCCGGUACAGCGAAGCCUCCACCAAAACCUCAGAGUGAUAUUAAGGACACAGGAUAUGGGAAAGAUAUUAAAGACAUUCCAGUGUCUAUGUGGCGUCUCCUGAAGAACCCCGUCUACGUGGUGACCUGCCUCGGAGCCUGCAUGGAGCUGAUGAUUGUCUCUGGGUUCGUGGUGUUCUUGCCAAAAUACCUGGAGACACAGUUUAGUCUCGGAAAGAGCCAAGCCAGUGUGUUUACAGGAUCCAUAGCGAUACCUGGCGCAUGCAUCGGCAUUUUCAUGGGAGGCUGUCUCCUCAAGAGGCUCGAACUACGGCCAAAAGGCGCGGUGCAAUUCGUUCUGAUAUCCAACACCAUCUGCCUCUCUUGCUAUGCUCUAUUAUUCUUCCUUGGCUGCGAUAACAUUAAGAUGGCUGGCACGACUAUACCCUAUACGAACAACAGCAAUCUGGAGCCGUUCAAAGUGAACCUAACAGCUGCGUGCAACUUCAACUGCCUCUGCACUGAGACCGACAUGGAGCCGGUCUGUGGUAACAAUGGUCUGACUUACUUCUCGCCCUGUCAUGCUGGAUGCGCCGCCUUCUCAUCACGAUCCAACUUUACCAACUGUGCUUGUGUUCACGAGAACAGCCGCGAGGCAUUAGGUAUGGGCGCGGUAGUGAACGGUGCUUCAGCAUCCGCUUUGACUGCGGGCUCGCACGAGUACAGCGAAGUGACCGUGGUGCCUGUGGCCACAGCGGGCGCAUGCAACCCACCCUGCACAACCAUCUUCCCCUUCCUCGUGUUACUCUUCUUCAUGACCUUUGUGGUAGCUGUAACGCAGAUGCCACUGCUGAUGAUUGUACUCAGAUCUGUGAGCGAAGAGGAAAGGUCGUUCGCGCUCGGUAUGCAGUUUGUUAUCUUCCGUCUGUUCGGGUACAUUCCCGCGCCAAUCGUCUUCGGAAAUCUGAUAGAUUCCACCUGCCUGCUGUGGAAACAAACUUGCAGCGGUGUAAAGGGCGGUCGCUGUUUGCUUUACGACAUAGAACAGUUUAGAUACAGAUAUGUGGGUCUCUGCGGUGGAAUCAAGAUUGUAGCGCUGGGCAUAUUCUUAGUAGACUGGUGGUUGGUACGUCGUCGCCGACAUCUGGAAACUGUACCACCUCUUGACCCUCACAAGGAUAUAGCCGGUUCCAUCAUCAGCCUGGAUAAAUUGUUCGAAGAACUGCCCUCAACAGACAAUGCCAGCGGAUUUCGGUCAGGGCUGACCACUGGUCCCAGCUCAGCAAUAACGUCUCCCAUGGACCCAGACAACCUGCAAACUGAGCACCACGGUAGUAAGCUGCAACGAACUGAUUCCCAGUACUCGCAGGACUCUCAACCUCGCACGAUUGGCAAAAACUCGAGAGUCCUGGUAGCGUCUCGUCACCUGCGAAACGACUCCAAAACCAUUCAACUGGAACCACGAGGCAGGCAACACUCAGCGGACGAGCCGGAACGUUCUAGAGCGGUCCGCAGCGAUUCCAGGCAUUCGCGUGACGCCUUCCCGCGUUCCACCUCGCGGGACUUCCCCGGUCACUCGAGGAAUAGCUCACGUGACUUCAAAGUACACUCGCGCGCAGACUCUCGCGACCUUAGCCUCGAACAACUCAAGCAGCUAGCCAUCAAGAGCAUGGAAAGCCUCGACUUGAAUGUCCUUCCGCUCAAUAAAUGCAUAGACGAAGAGAGCAAACGGCUCAUCGAGAGCGGAGGCGUCCUGCGACAUAGACGGACCAAUUCAAAGGACUUGAAACCACCCGAAACGAAGCAUAAGCGAACUUCCUCGCACCACAUCACGAUGGAGCCCAACGACCUGAGCCUUCAGAUGCAAAAGGGUCGAAGUGUCGAUCAACUGUCCGUGCCAUCUGACCCGCGAGCUUGA